CGCAGGAAGCUGCGGGCUAAGGCGCCCCGUCGGGCCCUGCGACAGCUCCCUGCCAGGGAGAGGCCUGGUCCCCCGCGUCGUCUCAGGCUGCGGCCUGGAAGGGGCGGUGCUCGGGAUCCUCCUGGCUGGACCGCCCAGAACCGAAAGCAGCAGCGGGGCGGUGGGGAGGAAGGAGAGGCGGCUGCAGGGCUGGAAGGUGAGAGCCGGCCCGGAAUGUCCACCCGGCCGCCGCCUGCGGGCCAUGGCUCUGCGGCUGGGCGUCCACUUCGACGUGCGAGCAGACGUGCUCCCGAGUCUGCCAGCCCAGGCGGCGACAGCGGCCGGAGGAGGCGGCGCAGGUGUUUUAGAAACAGCUCAGGAGAGUUUACGUGUACUAAACAUUGAAAGAAAUGGAAACAUUAUUUAUACCUAUAAGGAUAAUAAGGGAAAUGCUGUUUUUGGAUUAUAUGACUGCCAAACCAGACAGAAUGAGCAUCUGUACACCUUUGAGAAGGACAUGCAAGCUGUCAGCUGCUCUGUCAACAGCGAGAGAACCUUGCUGGCUGCAAGUUUCAUUCAGUAUACUAAGGAAGGAGUAAGGAAUGAGCUUCAGCCAGGAUCAAAGUGCUUAACUUUGCUGGUUGAAAUUCAUCCUGUCAACAAUGUGAAGGUUCUGAAAGCAGUGGAGAGCUGUAUUUGGGUACAGUUCCUCUACCCACAUGUUGAAAGUCAUCUUCUACAGAACCACCUGUUACUGAUUUCAGAAGAGAAAUAUAUUGAUCGGUUUCAUAUCCAGAUCACAAGAGAAGAUGGAAACAGAGUGGUGAUUAGAAAUUCUAGCCAUCUCCCAAGAGACAGAAUAGCUGAAGAUUUUGUUUGGGCUCAAUGGGAUAUGUCAGAGCAGAGAGUAUACUACAUUGAACUGGAGAAAUCAAAGAGUGUCUUGAAGUGCAUCCAGUUUUGGGCAGACGAAAGCUUUAAUUUAAUGUUUGAAAUGCCCUUGGACAUAUCAUUGAGUGGCUUAGGAUUUAAAUUUGUCAACUUUGGAUAUGAUUGUUAUCAAGACCAAGACAAGUUGUGUCGUCAGCCUUCUCUGUGCAUUUUUACCAACCACACAGGGAGUUUGUGUGUAUGUUACAGCCCAAAGUGUGACUCUUGGAAAAAAAUCACAUAUUCAGUGUUUUACCUUCAUAAAGGAUACAGAAAGACCUUUACUGCUGCUUCUGGGAGUGCUGACUCACACGUGGCAAAGGGCAUUACUUUUCUCAACCUCGGCUACCUUGUGGCUGUUUACUUCCCUGGUCAUUUCCUCCAUUUACUUAACAUUCAGCACCCAGACUUGAUCUGCCACAGUCUGUUUCUGACAGGAAACAAAAUGGCUGCCGUGCUACCUCCCGGUCCUUUGCAGUCUCUGCCAGGGUCCCUGAUACUGGACUGCUCUUCUGGAAAGGUCUACAGAGCAGCCCUUGACCAGUCCUACUUGAUGUGGCUCCUGUGGAACGCCCGCCUGGACUGUGAGAAGAUGGCUGCACUGCACUGUGUACUCUCCUGUGGUCGAGACCCAGGUUUCCAGGAAGAUCAGAUUGUUCAAUGGAUUUGUGAGCAUGUCUCUGCCUGCCAUUCAUUUGACCUCAUUCAGGAAUUUCUAAUUGCUUCUUCCUAUUGGAGUGUAUAUCCAGAGAUGAGUGACGUGGACAUGCUCUUACCAUACUCCUCUGUGCUGACUUGGAAUGCAGAAAUUCCUGGAAUAACGCUUGUGACAGAAGAGCUCCCAUUGCCUCUUAUGAAGGUCUACAGCUUCAAGGGGUACUGGGCAAAGCUGAGCUCCAACCUCGAGUACAUCAAGUACACGAAGCCUCACUUACACUACCACAACAGCGUUGUGAGGAGAGAAUGGCACAACCUGGUCUCUGAAGAGAAAACAGGAAAAAGAAGGUCCACGACGUACGUGAAGAACAUCCUGGACAAUGCAAUCAAGGUAAUUUCUAACAUGGAAACGAGGAUGUUGGAGCCAAAGUUAAUACCCCUCUUACAAGAAGAAGACAGGCACCAGAGGCUGCUCAUGGGCCUGAUGGUAUCUGAGCUAAGAGACCAUCUAUUGAGACACCUACAGGGCGUAGAAAAGAAGAAAAUUGAACAGAUGGUUCUGGACUACAUUUCAAAACUGCUGAAUCUCAUUUGGUGCAUGCUGGAAACCAGUUGGAGGAAACACAGUGUGCAUCCUUGGGUUUUCCACCUCAAUGACCAUGGCAGUGCUGCAGAUUUUGAAGUCUUUCAUCUCAUGACCAGGAUUUUGGAUGCUGCUAACAGCCUGUGUUGCCCUCUGCCUCCUGGUUUCCACUCUCUGCACGUGAUUCUUGGUGUGCACUGUCUCCCUUUGUACAACCUGCUGCACCUCAUUGACAAUGGGGUCCUGUUGCUCACUGAAACAGCAGUCAGAAGACUUGUGAAAGAUCUGGACAAUUCAGAAAAAAAUGAAAAGCUAAAAUUCAGCAUCAUUGUGCGGCUUCCUCCGCUUAUUGGCCGGAAGGUCUGCCGGCUCUGGGACCAUCCCAUGAGUUCCAACAGCAUUUCACGGAACCAUGUGGCGCAGCUGCUGAAGAACUACAGGAGAAAGCCUCGACACUCUAUGAUUGGCAAGUCAUCAUUCCCAGUAGAAUUUCUGCCUCUGAACUACUUCAUUGAAACUCUGACCAGCCUGGAGUCUUCCCACCAAGCUCUGUGUGAUUUUGAAGGCCAUGACAAUGUGGAUGCAGAAUUUGUAGAGGAAGCGGCUCUGAAACACACCACGGUGCUUUUGGGCUUAUGAAAGCCAGUAUGCAGAUGAACUGCUUUCAGUGUUUUAAUACUGUUUUCACCUCCUUUUCCUGGGAAUUCUUCAACAGUCUUUAAAAUUAAUAACAAGCUGGAAUAUGCUUCAGAGUGUUUGGCCUUCACUUGUUCAAACAGAGCCAGCUGCUACAUGCCUUUCCAGUGUGAGCAGCCAGUGAACAGUCAAGAGUAAUGACAGUUUCUAUGUACUGUGACAGGAACAGUUCUCUUCCUGGUAGCUCAGUAGGCUGGGAACUAGUUCUGUGGCACUCCAGAAUCAAAUAAAAACCAUAGGGAACAAUGCUUAGGACAGGAAGAGCUAGACAGAUCACUGGAAAAAAACAUAAAAUGAGCAGAAAAUGUAAAUGCUGUAAAGAGGAUUUGAGAAGAACCUGGAUUUGGACUAAACAAGAUUUGCCAUCUGCAGUAUUGAGUAAUUGUGACAAAUUAUGAUUUGUACACACAGGACUUAAAGCAGCCUCUGCCUUUAUGGUGGUUCAGAUGGAUCUGUAUUUAAUUUUAAUAUUUAUGGAAGUUUGAGUUAGUAAUAUCUUUUCAGUAAACAUGACCUCAAGCCGGGUGGUGGCGGCUCAUGCCUUUAAUCCCAGAACUCAGGAGGCAGAGGCAGGUGAAUCUCUGUGAGUUAGAGGCCAACCUGAUCUACAAAGUGAGUUUCAGGGCAGGAUCCAAAAGCUACAUAGAAAAACCUUGUCUCAAAAAACCAAAACCAACCAACCAAACAAACAAAAACAUGACCUCAAAUGCUGAAAGCUUUGGUCUGACUCUUCCCUAAUUUUUGAGCAUAGCCCUUUUAUUUGCACAGGGCAUUUUGAGCCCAUCAGCAUGUUCCUGCAGGAGCCCAUGACACUGACUAGGCGUUCUAGCCUUUCUCAUCUGUCUCCUACAUGACCCAUAGGGCUCAGCUUCCCGGUUUGGUUCUGCUUUUCUCCUACUGCUGUUUCCCUUUCUCAUGGUGAAAUUUGAAUGAUUCUAAAUGUUGUAACACAAAUGCUAAUUCACCUUAUUUUCUGCAGCCUUCGUUGUGCUCUCAAAGCUGUCCUAGCCUAUAGAAGUUCCCCUUUGUCUUCACAUGGUCAGGAAGGCUCAGAAUCUUGGCACCAGAUCAGCAAUCUGGAAAUACUGUAUAUUUGCAUUCCUUGUGCUACAAAUUCCUCUGUACAGGAGACAGCAGAUUUUAUUUAGUUCAAAUUAAAUAAAAAAUCCUCUUUGCAUGUUAAAUUCUUACAAAACAUUUAAUUGUGCUUUCAACAGUUCAUCUGCUCUUUGCCAUUCUCAGUUCAUUUCCCUAGGUCUUUAGAGUAUAUGGAUUCUCUUCCAUUUGUUGCUUUCAUCAUUUCUGCUCACACCUGCAUAGUUCAUGUGGUUUCCUAGUUGAAUUCAUUGGACACAUAUUUAAGAUAAACAUCAGUUUGACUUUGACACUGGGCUUAUAAUUAAUUAUUCAAUAACUUGCUAUUCAUUGAAGGGUAACAUACAAACUCCUUGGCAUUUACCUCUGAAAUUUUGACCCUGUAAAACAUGAACAUUCUUUUGCAGCCAGGCCAAUUCAUUAGGCCUUGGAACAUGAGUUUGGCUUUUUUAUUUCUAUGGUUGGAUCAGGUUAUUUCCUCCACUUGUAAUCCCUCUCUACCUCACAAAUAAAUGACAUCAUGCUCCAGGGCUAGAUAAACACACACAUGCACACACACACACACACACACACACACACACACACACACACCUGACUGUAUCCAAGACAUUUCAGUACAUGGUGGCAUCUACCUUUUCUCAACCAGCAGCACAAUUGCAGUGUUUAAGAAUCCAUCCCUUUCCACUCUUGUGGCAUUUAAACUUGCUCUGUGCAUGUUUCUGAAUCCCUAAAGAGGUUACUAAUUCCUGUGACACAGGAACUGUCUAAGUGUGUAGUAUUUCUUUUACUAGCUAACUGGCUUGUACAAAUGAAAGUGCUCACAAGCUGUUUGCUUCGCCAUGGUCUUGUAAGAUAAUGAGGCCAAAUUCAGGACUCACAAAAUGAGAGUAAAUUUAAAUUCCCAUCCAAUAUGGCAGAAUAUGGCUUGGAACAGGAUGUUGGAUUUAGCAAAAGAGAAGUAUGGUAUUUCUCAGUCUCCCAGAACUGGACAUGAAUGAAAUUCAUAACUGCAACCAGC